GCCAAGGCGAAAAUCAUCACAAGAUCUAUGAAAUGACACAGUAUGGAUAAGUGUAGUACCAAAACUAUACUCUAUAUACAUAGAACCUACGUAAGUUUAUUUGGUCGGUCUUGUUCUUAACCGAUGGUUCAAAACUUAGCCGAUCCGUUCUAUAACAACUAUCAACAUCAACAUCAACAUCAACACAAUCAAAUCAUUACGAUAUCUACAGAAUGUCCAUCCUCCUCCUCAACGGCCCCAACCUCAACCUCCUCGGCACCCGCGAGCCACACAUCUACGGCUCCACCACCCUCGCCGACGUCGAAGCCGCCGCAAAACACCAAGCAUCCAGCCUCAACGUCUCCCUGGACGCCUUCCAAUCCAACCACGAAGGCGAGCUAAUCGAGCGCAUUCACGCAGCACGCGGCAAUGUCGAUGUCAUCGUGAUCAAUCCCGCCGCAUACACGCACACCAGCGUUGCCCUCCGCGAUGCGCUUCUCGGGGUCAGUAUCCCGUUCAUCGAGAUCCAUAUCACGAAUACGCAUACGAGAGAGCCGUUCCGGCAUCAUAGCUAUCUGACAGAUAAGGCGAUGGCGUUUGUGAUGGGGUUUGGGGUGAGGGGGUAUGAGUAUGCGAUUGAUCAUGCGGCGAGGUUUAUUGCUGAAAGGAAGUGAUGUGUAACUGAUGGUAUUUAAUAUUCAACGCUUUGGGGAGAAUCAUUCUAGUUUUGUAGUGGUCAUAAACGGUCGAUGUAGACUUUUUAUAGACGCAGUGUGCUUGCAGAGUAAAACCAAAAAUAUUAAUCUAUAGUAUAAACGCCAGUAUCUAUAGCUAGCACAUGCCAGCCACCUUGAGAAUCCCCU